GCUGUAUCAAGAGUCUUCAAUCAAUAUGGCGACAACCGGGGCCUAUUUGAUUUCGCCCCUUGCUGAAGGAUUGGGUACUUCUGAGGAAGCCGUGCGUUUAAUCCUUUCUCUGCAUUCAGGUUAUUUAUUGGCAAUCUUUCAACGACUGUUUCUGAAGAAAGCGCCGCCUACCGCUUAUCAUGUCUUUUACACCCUGGCGGGACUUUCCAUCGUGUAUUUUAACUUCGGCAUUGCCACGUAUCACUCCGCGCUGUCGGUGAUAGUGAACUGGGCGCUUCUCCAUCUGUUGGGUGGAUCCUUCCGCUCAGUAGUGCUGUCCUUCAUUUACAACAUGGGUACCCUGUUGUUACAUUAUUAUCUCAUUGGCACUACCACUUACGUCAUCAACUUCACCACGCCCCAGUGUGUCCUGACUUUCCGUCUGAUCGGUUUAGCGUGGGACAUUUAUGACGGCACCAAACCACCGGAGAAACAGUCGGAGAGUCAGAAGAAAGUUGUGUUGAACAGGUCUCCAACACUUCUGGAAGUGUCCGGUUAUGUCUAUCACUUUGGAGGACUUUUGGUCGGACCACAGUUCCCCAUGAAACAGUAUUUGCUCUCAAUUCAAGCUUUGACUUCGACUGAGGAGAAGCCACCAAUAAGUAUCAUGCUGGCUCUUCAGAAACUAGCCACAGGCGUGCUGUAUCUCUGUCUGUUCACGCUCCAAACGGUGUAUUUUCCGGACGAUUACAUGAUCAGCAAGGACUUUGAGGAAUUAGACCUCCUAAGUCGUUGGGGCUUCGUCUUCAUCUGGGGAAGGCUGUUCAUCUGUAAACUGGUCGGAGUUUGGCUCAUCUCGGAAGGUGCUUGUAUACUGAGCGGCCUGGCGUACAUACCCGGGACUGACGGGAACCCACCCCGUAUGGACGCCUGUCAGAACGUCAAGAUCAUCCCGUACGAACUGUCAGGGUCACCUGACGAGAUCAUCCAGUCCUUCAACAUCACCACCAACCAAUGGCUGCUCAGCUACAUCUACAAGCGUAUGAGGUUCCUGGGCAUGCGCAUCGUGUCUCACGUGGUGACGUUAUCGUUCCUGGGGAUCUGGCACGGACUGCUGAGCGGCUACCAGGCGGCGUUUCUCUUUGAGGUCGCCUGGGUCAGAGGCGCGAGGGAGAUCGACGACCUGGCCCGGCGAGUGCCCGUGUCCCGGGUCCUACCGGCGGCAGGGGUGCGGAUAGUGCAGGGUGCAGCCCUGGUCGCCAGGUGGCUUUUCACUUGGACUGUGUUCAGCUACAUGCUGGUGCCGUUCGCACUACUGGUGGCCGACAAGUGGGUGAAGGUGCACGGGCUGCUGUAUUGGGGAGGAUACAUAGCCAUAGGUCUAGCCUUAGUGAUCGGUCCCUUACUGCGGUUGUGUCUAGCUCCUCCUCCCCGGGCACCGACAAAGGAGCCCGCUACUUCUUCUAACGGAACCCCGCCUUCUGACUCUUCAAAUGUUGACGAGAUGACUACGUCAGACAGACAGAACGGCAGCGUCACGGUGGACAUUCCCUCACGACACCUAGCGGGACCCGGGCGCGAUGAAAAUCUGCAAGUGGCGGAAAGUGGAGGAAGAAGCCAAGAAGACGCUCAAAACUUAGUCGCUGCUUAUCUAGGUCCAAGUCAGAAGAAACUGUUAGACAAGUUUGUUUGGGAAAAAGACGAAAAUAAGUAAUAAGUCAAAUCUUAUUCUGCAUACGUCAUGUACGUACUACUAGUAUGUGUUGUUGUUUAAUUAUUGGUGAUUUUCCGGCGUAAAGGGUCCAUUCGCCAUGACUUGUUUUAUAUGUACAUUUAGUAUAUAUUUUUAGGAUGGUCUUUUAUGUGAUUUUCUUACUACAACGUUUACAUCAUAGCUUCAAUGCGCAACCAAAUAGGUGACUGUAUUUAGACAAAUAACUCUGCUUAGUAGCUAAAAUGGAAUCUUCUACUAAGUUCUAGGUCCAACGAAAUGUCCAAAACAGGGUUGCACAUAUUCCCGCCAUUUUGUCGGUUGAUACAUCUAUGUUUCCUGCGUAUAAUGAUUAGGUAGUUGAUAUUCAGGUCAGAUGCCGAAUAAUUUUAAUGCAGUGAUUCAUCCCUGUGAUCGUGAUAACAGCAUCCAUGAUUACAGUAAUAGAUGACCUCAUACGGUGACGUAACCUGCAAUUCGUGGCAAUCCCGCCAGGAAACUUAUAAACUACAUAAACUACAUGUUUGCAAAUAUAUAAAGUCAUUCUUUAUAGUAAUCUAGAAAUUGAUGAACAAGAAGAAAUAUUCUUGAUAACAUACGUAUCCAUCCUCAAGUAAGUAGCUAGACGAAUUAAAAAUAUGAUUUUGAUUCAAAGUAACGGCGUUAUAUAAAUACAGAGGAGUUUCACGUACUUUGAAAUACGUGAUAAUAGUUUUUUUUCGGAUUCGUUAAUACCAGUCACUCAUUACACUCUCACCGGAUGAAACUUUUUGAGAAGUUCUCACAAAGUACAAACAUAUCUGCAACAGGUUAUCGCCGGUUAUGGCAGGUUCUGGUGAAAGUUUCAAUUUACAGGUGAUGUCAUGCUCCCAAAAUAGAUCUCACGCUGCGGGCCAAUGACCGCCCUCGUUACAAAAUACGGUUCAUACGCCCAGAAUAUUACAGCUCCUGUCAUUGGUGGGAUAGUAGUCACGUGGUAUUGUCAAGAUGGCGGACAACUGGGACAGUUUUUGAGCAAAAAUCGAGAGAAAUCCCUAAUAUCAUCACCGGCGCAGUGCAUAUUCCGAAAUCUGGUGGAGUCGAGCUGCUGUGCCUGUAGAGCCUGUGGUUAAAGAAGAGGUGAAAGAAGAAGCUCCAAAGGCAGAACCUGUUGCUGAAGCAAAGCCUCCUGCGGAACCAAAGGCAGAAGAGAAGGUAAAGAAAGCCAAGCCUGCAGCGGGGGCAGCAGCCAAAGCCAAGACCACCGACAAGGCUGCGCCGAAGGGUAGACUUACAGGGAAAACUGAUGCUGCAAAGCCUGCUGGGAAGGACGUCACCAAGCGACCCACCCCGCCAUCAUCUGUGUCAAAAGAAGCCCCUCCAGCCAAGAAGAAAGUUGGUGCUGUU